AUUCCCCGUUACCAAGGCAUUCUCAAGGCAAACACUAGCCGAGACAGCUAGGCUAGCCAAUCUGCCAGAUAAUCUUGUAGCUAUGAUAUAAUCUCCGUUUAGCCUCUUCUCCGAAUCCAACCAUAAUCACAAAAUUGACUAACACUGUCGACUCCCGCAUAUUACCGCCAGCUUCCUGUUUGUUCUCUGCGGGGCCUAAAUUAGAGACUGAAACAGCCCUGUUCCCUCCGUUGGAUCAUCUCUGCCCACCAGCUAGCUUAGCAACGUGAACGUUAGCUGCACAGCCGCCAUGGCUGAAUUUGGGUUUAACGAACACCAUCAGAAAGAAGUCGUCAAUUACAUGCGAUUCGCACGUUCAAAGAUGGUCCUGAGACUUAAAACCAUUGACUCAUGCUUUGAAGAACUCAAAGACAGCAGGCUGGUGGAGGAAACCUUCACUGUGGACGAGGUGAAGGAGAUGCUGGACGGGCUGCAGGCGGUGGUGCAUGGGGAGGUGGAGACGGAGCUCAUCAACACGGCUCACACCAACGUGCUGCUGCUCAGGCAGCUCUUCUCACAGGCCGAGAAGUUUUACCUGCGACUGCAGAGCGACAUAUCCGAGCUGGAGAGCAGGGAGCUGUUAGAACAAGUGGCUGAAUUUGAGAAGACUGACUUUAAAAGCACCAACAAGAAAAACCAGGAAACAAGCAAACCCAAACUAGCACCUCUGAACGAAGGGGGGGUGUCUGAGCUUCUUAACAAGGAGAUAGCAAGACUACAGGAGGAAAAUGAUAAACUGAAAACCCGAAUGCGGACUUUAGAAUCACAGGCAAUGAGUGCACUGGACGAGAGGACCAAAGCCGAGAGAGCCCUGAAAGACCUUCAGAAGGUGCAGGGGGACCAGCAGGUGGCUGCCCAAUCCCAGGACAUCAGCAGUCUCGAGGACACAGUGGCGGCUCUGAAGGGGGAAUAUGAAAGGUCUCUUAGUGCCAACUCGGCCUCCCAGAAGGGUCUGCAGGAAAACCUGGUCUCCGCCAAACAUGAUCUCCUGCGAGUGCAGGAGCAGCUGUCCUUGGCAGAGAAGGAGUUGGACAAGAAGUUCCAGCAAACUGCGGCCUACCGCAACAUGAAGGAGAUCCUGACAAAAAAAAAUGAGCAGAUCAAAGACAUUAGAAAACGAUUGCAGAGAUACGAGCCCAGUGAAUGAGUUCUAGGCGACGUGUGUCCAGAGGGUUCGACGGGAACAACAAACCACCCGUUCCACCGCUGCAAGACAAGAGAGACAGAAAACAGCGCUUCUGCGAGGAAUUGUUUAUUCAUGCUUUAUCCGGCAUCUUCAGUACAUAUUGGCUUUAGCAAAGAGUGUGAGCAGAGCGGGAAGUAGUGACAAACGAUAGCCUUUCUCCGGCUGUGCUCUUUCUUUUUCUUCUACGUCCCGGUUGUGGAGCUGACUGACUGUAGCGAGCAGACGUCCCUCAGUGCUCUAUGCAAUUACCAUCACGUCCCUGUUUAAAGAGGCCUUGUCCAUUUCCUGACCCGGCAGACACGCAGUGCCUGCCAGAAGCACUGCCGUCGUGUCUAUCGGAUUGUUACAGGUGGUGUUUAGCCUUCAGCAGCUGAUAGUAGAUCAUUGGGUGUUCUGCUGACCGGGCCUCCAGCGCUCCCUGUGCUAGUGCAAAGUGUUUGAGUUAGAGCCAGGCAAACCCCAAGCCAGUGUGUUUAUCAAGAGUGAACAGCUUAAAAUUAAUGUUUACCGAGCUUUUGCUUUGAUUUGAAAUUUGUAUUGCAUUUCACACAGAAAAAUAUUUCCGAUUUGACCGAUAAAAUCUCAAAAUUUGUAUUUGCAUUUGUAUUUUCUGCUCUUGCUAUUUGAAAGACGGCGAUAGUGAUCUGAAAUGAUUUCCAUUCUUUCCCACACAAAGGGCAUAGAAUAUUUUUGUCUGGGCUCUUUAACUGUACUUUUCGUAUUGCUGUGGACAAUGGAGCGUAUACAUGAUGUUCAUGAAGUAAUACUCUUGUAGAGUAUGAUACAUCUACUUUAUAUUACACUAGCUGUGCAUUUGUUUGUAUUGUGCGAAAUAUGAGGUAAUAAACGCUGUUCACAAAUAAACGUGUAGUCACUUA